AUGGCCUCUGCGAAACGGAAGAAUGGCGUAGCUCCCUCCAAAAGUGGAGAAAAUGGACCCAACAAGCGUCGUCGAGUCGACACCACGAAGCAGAAACGUCAGCCAUUGAGCGAAAGGAAUGCGAAGCUCGCUACUGUUGCGUCCGCAUCCUCCAAGCUGUCCACCAUCUCUGCAGUCACAGAUGAGCCACCAGCAUUCCCGCGAGGCGGUGCGGGAGUUUUGACACCAUUAGAGAAAAAGCAGAUUCGGGCAAAGGCGGACAGAGAUGUCUUGAUAGAACAAAAGAGGGCACAAGCCACGGAUUUUUUCGAUUUACAGGAUCGUGACCAAAGCUUAUUGAGCGAGGACGAGGAAAAUGAUAUCCUGGGAGAUGACAAUAAAAUCUUGAAGUCGAAGCCAAAGCAAUCCUCCAAGAGACGAAAAGUGCAGGAAGCAGAGCUAGAUCUGGCGCCUCGAAUCGAAGGACUGAACUACAAAAGAAUCGCUCCGGGCUCGCUUAUUCUUGGUAGGGUUGCCAAAGUCAAUCCCAAGGACCUAGCAGUCUCUCUUCCCAAUAACCUGACCGGCUAUGUUCCAAUGACAGCAGUUUCUGAACGGCUUACUGCCAAGAUUGAAUCACUCGUGGCCAAAGAUGUCGAGGAGGAUGAGGAGAACAAUGGAUCUGCUGAUGAAGAAGACGUUGUCGAGCUGAGCCAAUACUUUCGUCCUGGUCAAUGGGUCCGAGUUGCAGUGACCUCGACGGUAGAGGAGGCGCUUUCAACAUCAAAGGCCAAGAAGCGUAUUGAGCUUUCACUCGAUCCAGUGUUGACGAAUCGCGGGCUCGCUUGGAAAGACCUCGUCGCGAAUUGCACGCUUCAAGCUUCAGUCAGUAGUAUCGAAGACCACGGCGUCGUCGUAGACAUUGGUUUAUCUGAUGCGGAGGCCAAAGGCUUCAUACCCAGUCAAGAGUUGCAUCAUGGCUUGGAAAUCUCCCAGAUGAAACCUGGUAUGGUUCUUCUCUGCCUUGUAAAGAGUCUCGCAGCAGGUGGACGCAUCGUCAGACUGUCUACUCAACUUCAGAACUUCGGAAAGAAAACUACUUCGCACACACUGGGCACGGCCCCUAGUAUCAAUUCAUUCUUACCAGGCACUUUGGUGGAGAUCCUGCUGUCCAACGUUACCGCCGCGGGUCUUGCUGGUAAAGUCAUGGGUCACUUAGAUGUAACUUCCGAUCUUGUCCAAUCUGGUGCAAGGUCAGCUUGCUCCUCGCUUGAGAAGGUUUACACACCUGGGACGAAGAUUGCAGGUCGCCUUAUAUGCACAUUCCCGGUGUCCGAUUCGAAGAAGCUCGGCUUUUCGGUCCUCGAUCAUGUUAUACAAGCAGAUACAAAUAUCCCUGAGGCUGACAUGCAAAAGACUGCCAAGCACGCUUUGCAUGUGUCGUCCGUCGUUAACGAAGCGAAGGUUGUUAGAGUUGAGCCUGGGCUUGGCGUGUACUUCACACUGGGAUCUGAAUCUUUAGAGGGAUUUGCUCAUAUAUCUAGAUUGAGUGAUUCCAAGCUCGAUGCUCUUUCCGCCGACAGCGGACCAUUUAAGAUUGGAACGAAGCACAAGGCGCGUGUUUUGGACCACAAUGCGGUGGACAACCUUUUUAUCCUAUCUUUGCAAGCGACCGUGAUUCAACAGCCCUUUCUGCGAGUCGAAGAUGUUAGCGUGGGCGAAGUGGUCAAGGGCAGGGUAGAAAAGCUCAUCACCGACGAACAUGGCUUGAAAGGCCUGAUAUUACACCUGGCUGAAGGUGUCACUGGUUUUGUCCCGAGAAUUCAUCUAUCCGACACCCAACUGCAUAACCCGGAGAAGAAAUUCCGUGAAGGUACCACCGUCUCAGCCCGAGUUCUAUCAACCGACGUUGUCAGGAGACAAGUGCGCUUGACACUGAAGAAGUCUCUUGUGAACAGCGACCUGAAACCUUGGACGGAGUACAGGCAGAUAAGUGAUGGAGCAUAUUCAUUGGGAACCUUGGUCAAGGUGCUGCCAAACGGUGCCGUGGUACAAUUCUACGGCUCUGUAAGGGGGUUUCUUCCUGUAGCGGAAAUGAGCGAGGCAUAUAUCAAGGAUGCUACGCAGCACUUCCGUAUUGGACAGGUGCUCAACGUUAAUUGUUUGCAUGUCGAUGCUGAGCAAUCGAAGUUGACGGUCUCUUGUAGAGACCCUUCAGCCACUCCACAUCAACAUUUCCAUGCAGUAAGCCCUGGCAAUGUCGUCAAGGGCACAGUCUUCGAGAAGUCAGAAGACGAUUUACUGCUACGUCUAACAGAUACAGAUAUCAUUGCGCGAUUGGAACUCGACCAUAUAUCUGAUGGAUCGCUAAAGAAGCGACAAGCGGCUCUAAACAAAACAAGAGUUGGUCAGCAGCUCUCCGAGCUGCUUGUUCUAGAAGUACAGGCCAAGCGUCGGCUCGUCAGAUUGUCUAACCGAGCUAGCUUGUUGAAAGCGUCUAAGGACGGCAGUCUCCUUCACGGAUUCCAAGACGCCCGAGAAGGCAAGAAGGUAACGGGCUUUGUUUCUAACAUUACCCCAGACGCUGUGUUUGUCUCUUUCGCCGCAGGUUUGACAGGAUUUUUAUCCAAGAGUCAAAUACCAGCCGAAUCACUUCAGCUUCCAGACUUUGGUCUCACGCGGUUGCAGACUGUUACAUCGACAAUUUCUUCUAUCGAUUAUAAAGGUCCCCAUCCACGAUUCUGGCUCAGUCUCAAGGCUGAAUCUGGGAAGAGUAUCAAAGGAAAUGGCACAGUAGAACAGACUCAGGCCCUGACUGAUGUUGUUGACGGUAGCACGACUUCUAUCGAAGACUUCAAGGUCGGCACGGUGACAAAGGCACGAAUAACAUCCGUGAAAGAUACACAAGUCAACGUUGAGCUGGCGAAGAACGUGCUAGGUAGAAUUGAUGUAUCCGAAAUCUUCGAUAAGUGGGAGGAUAUCAAAGACAGAAAAAAGCCUCUGCGAGUAUUUUCGACGAAACAGGUGUUGCCUGUUCGAAUACUAGGAGCGCACGAUGCACGUAAUCAUCGAUUUCUUCCCAUCAGCCACCGUGCAGGCAAAAGGCCCCUUUUCGAGCUCUCGGCUAAGCCAACCUAUGUGAACAGCAGUGAUCCGGAAGUACUAACCCUCGACAAGGUUCAAGUAGGUUCUUUCUGGAUAGCUUUUGUCAACAACAUUGCUGAGAACUGUUUGUGGGUCAACAUCUCACCAAAUGUGCGAGGCAGAAUUCGUGCCAUUGAUGUGUCGGACGAUUUGUCCCUUGUGGCAGACCUGGAAGAAAAUUUCCCGGUCGGCUCCGCUUUGAAGGUUCAAGUCAUCUCUGUGGAUGUUGAGAAGAAUCAUCUGGAUUUGACUGCUAAAGCUAGUGGCGCUGCCAACCAAAUAAGUCUGAAAGAGCUUUCGAGAGGCAUGAUUCUACCAGGUCGUGUCACAAAAACGUCGGAUCGACAGGUCCUCGUCCAAUUGAGCGACAGCAUCGUAGGCGCGGUCAACCUCAUUGACUUGUCAGAUGACUACGCAAAAGCAAAUCCUAUGGUCUUCCAGAAGAAUGACAUUGUCCGUGUUUGCGUGGUGGAGGUUGACAUACCAAACAAAAAGGUCCUCCUUUCACUUCGGCCGUCGAAGGUUCUGAGCUCCUCACUCCCUGUUGAAGAUGCUGAGAUCACCUCCCCACAUCAAUUGCAUGUCAAUGACGUGGUCAGGGGUUUCAUCUGCAACGUUGCCGACACAGGUCUGUUCAUAACACUGGGCCAUGGGGUUACUGCUUUCGUACGGGUCUCCAAUCUCUCUGACUCGUAUAUCAAAGAAUGGAAAGAUGAAUUCCAGCGAGAUCAGCUUGUGAGGGGCAAGAUCAUUUCUCUUGAUGUUGAGACUGGCCAAGUUCAGAUGAGCCUCAAGGAGUCAGUAAUGAAAUCGGAUUACGUUGUUCCAACGACUUUUAACGACCUGAAAGUAGGGCAGAUUGUGACGGGCAAGGUUGCUAAAGUGGAAGACUUUGGAGUGUUUAUUGUUAUUGAUAAUUCUGCUAAUGUGCGCGGACUCUGUCAUCGAAGCGAGAUAGCCGAACAGCGGGUAGAUGACGCUCGGAAACUAUUCAGCGAAGGCGAUUUGGUCAAGGCUAAAGUGUUGAGACUUGACCCUGAAACCCGAAGAAUCAGCUUGGGACUGAAAGCGCGACAUUUCAUUGAUGAAAAGGAGGAGCGACUUUCCAACAAUGAGGACAGAGACACGUGGGAUAAAACAUCUCAGGCCGAAAAUGAGUCGCCUAGGGAGGAUGAAGAUGGCGACAGCUCCACUGACGACAAUGGAGGAGCCGGGCUUGACAACGAAAUGUCAGAUGACGACGAAGAUAUUCUCAACAUCCAGCACAAUGGGGACAUAGAUUCAUCCGCGAGCGAAAAUGACGACCAGUCUGAAACCGAAACAACUACCAAGUCCGGUCUGGUAGCGGGUCUCCAAAUCGGUGGUUUCGACUGGCAAGGCCUGUCAGCUCUGCCGAAUACCAAGAACAACUCGACGCCAUCCUCAGACACCGAGCAACUCCAUCCUAAGCACAAAAAGAAGCGCAAACCCACCAUCCAAGCCGAUCUAACCGGCGACCUCGAUACCCACGGCCCACAAUCCACAGACGACUACGAACGGCUCCUGCUCUCUGAGCCCGACUCCUCUCUCCUCUGGCUGCAGUACAUGGCCUUCCACCUCGAGCUGGGUGAGAUUGAUACCGCCCGUGGUAUCGCUCAACGCGCCCUCAAAUCCAUCAGCCCCCUCGGCGGACAAUCCGAGUCCGAAAAGCUCAACAUCUGGAUCGCGCUACUCAACCUCGAAAACGCCUAUGGCGACGACGAUACCAUCGAAACGACCUUCAAAUCUGCCUGCCAAGUCAACGAUGCGCAGGAGAUCCACGAACGCCUUGCAAGCAUCUACAUCCAAUCCGGCAAACAUGACAAAUCGGAUCAACUUUUCCAGGUCAUGCUCAAGAAAUUCGGGUCUGCAGAUCCGAAGGUCUGGCUCAAUUACGCCGCUUUCCUGUUCGACACGCUGAGCGAGCCGGAGAGGGGCCGUGCGUUGCUAAGCCGAGCACUGCAGACUCUGCCGCCUACGACGCAUGUAGACAUUACGGCUAAGUUUGCGGCGUUGGAGUUUAGAUCCUCUACGGGCCUGGCAGAGAGAGGUCGAACCAUCUUCGAGGGCUUGUUGGAUAGUUUUCCGAAGCGGGUGGAUCUUUGGAACGUGCUGUUGGAUUUGGAGAUGAGGUAUGGAGGAGAUGACCAAAAGGGGCACGUGAGGAGGCUGUUUGAGAGGAUUUUGGAUGGCGACACCGCGGCGAAGAAGGCGAGGAUUAAGAAUAAGCAGGCCAAAUUCUUUUUCAAGAGGUGGUUGGAGUUUGAGGAGAAAGAAGGGGACGAGAGGAGUGUGGAGGUGGUAAAGAAGAGGGCGGAGAUAUGGGUUCGGAGUCAGGGGCAGACAGGCUGA